AUGUCGUCCAUUUAUGCUAUCCCAUACAAUGGGACUACAGCAACGGGCUGUGAUUCUCUGACUGAGAAUUGCAAUCUCUACUACGAGUCUGGAGAUAUUGCAUGGAUGCUCACGUCUUCAGCCCUCGUGCUCCUCAUGAUUCCCGGUGUUGGAUUCUUCUACUCCGGACUCGCACGCCGAAAGUCGGCACUCUCGCUCAUUUGGCUGUCUUGCUUGUCGAUCUGUGUGGUGUCCUUCCAGUGGUUCUUCUGGGGUUACUCCUUGACUUUCUCCCAUACGGGCAGCAGUUAUAUUGGUGAUCUUGCAAACUUCGGCUUCAGAAAUGUGCUGGCGCAGCCUAGUGUUGGGAGCCCGAAGAUUCCGGACUUGCUCUUCGCUAUUUACCAGGGGAUGUUCGCAGCCAUCACGUUUGUCUCCCAAUAG